UAUUUUUCACAUGGAAAAUGGCGGCUUGCAGCCCAACUCGCGCUCCGGAUAGGGUAGAGGUAGGACAACUUACCGAAGCCGAACGGGAGAAUGAUCCCUGGGCAGCACUCGGGCCAGUCGUGAAGAGGGAUCCGGUGAUAAAGCUAUUGAGUCCUGUCAGCGGCCUGGAGCCGCUCACGUGGUCUGAGGACCACCGAAUCUCGGCCUCUGCGACAAGUGGUAUUUCUUUGAUGGAGGUAGUGUGCGAUGUUCACGGAAAUAACCAAGACUUGGUGCUGCACCGGACCUCCAUCCACGUGCCGGACCAAGUCUGUGAACUGAAGGUGAAUCUGUGACACAUGUAGCUAACAAGCUUGCCUUUGCGUUCAUUCCAUACCUCAAAACCGUGCAUUACAAAAAUAGACGUUGUGACGUUGUUUUUACCUGUCAAAUCGGACGGGCUCCAGCUGAGUUCAUUCCCAGAGGUAGAGGACUAACCUCACACUGGUGAAUGAAGGAAGUUUCUGAUGACUCCACCAACGGAGUGGAGCAGAGACCAGGUUUUGUGGAAUCUAGCUCCUACCAGGGGUGCAACUUUCACUGGGGACUGGGGGACAUGUCUGUCAAAUUGACCAGGAGUGGUCUUAUUUUGAUUUAAUUGUAUUUCUGAAGAACAGAGGAAGAUUGCAGUGAGCCUCAAAAGAAUCAGAACAACAUACGUUUUAUGUUUUGAACUUCAGAGUAGAGGACCGGUCAAAGGAGUCAUCUCAGGGGUGACGACGGAUGUUCAGGUUGAUUACCUGAAGAAAAUUCCUGGUGUGGUUGGUGCCCGGCUUCUGACCCGCUGGGUGAAUGGAGAAAAAUAAGAAAGUCUGUUGGUCCGGUUGUUUUUUGAUGAAGAGCAAAUACCUACGCAUGUGAAGCUUGGUUAUGUAAGAUACGCUGUAAGAGCUUUCAUCCCCAAACCAUUGCAGUGUAAGAAUUGUAAAGGAUUUGGCCAUGUUUCAAGUGUGUGCAGACGGACAGAGUAUAUUGAAGGACGACUGUGUUGCAAUUGUAUUGGGGAUCAUGAGCCCGAGAUCCUGGAGUGCCCUGUAAGUGUGAAGGAGAUUGAGGUGGCAAAAGUUAGAGCGGUCAAUCAAAUCUCCUAUGCGGAGGCGAUUUUGUUUGUUGAGAAAACAAGUGAUGCUGUGAAGAUAUGAUAGACUCACCACCACAGCCUGUAGUAAAUGUUUGCUGCCAGUCAAAAUAUACCCUGUGUGUUAAAAAGGUGCAUUUUGUGGCGUUCAUUGACACACUUAUAAACUGUACUGCACAAGUCUCAAAGAAGUCUAAGAAACUGGACAUUGUUGUGGACUUAAGGAUUUUACAUCUGAAGACUUGCAAGGGGUACUGGCGCCAGAAGACCCGUCCUCCCAGGUUUCCCCUUGAGCCUGUGUAGGGAUCAGAGCUGUUUUUUUAACAGAAACAUAGUUUGAUUUAUUUUAUUUUAUUUAUUUAUUUAUUGGUCUUUUUUUGGGGGGGGGGUUGUUUCAAAUUUGGAAAUCUUGUUUCCAACCCGCACAGUAGGUGGCGGGAUGCACAUGAAAUUGUGCAAUCCCCAAAAUACCAUAGAAGAAGAAGAAUACAACCACCAGACUGUUUCCUUUUUGAGAUUCAAUUGGCACAUGCACAUUUGCGCUGAGUUGCCAUCUUAGAGCAACAGCAUUGAGCAAACCAUCGGUGGUUGUAUUUGAUUAACGUUUAUUGAAAAAGGAUGGAUUUCAGCAAACAAAUAAAGGCACAGAAAUACAGACGACAAACAUAGGUACACUGUAGGCAUUUCAUAAUGUGAAUCGAUGUAGUCGGAGCUAGAUUCCACAAAGCCUCUGCUCCACUCCGUUCGUGGAGUCAAUAGAAACUUCCUUCACUUCGGUGGAGUUUAGUCAGCUAUCACAGGGGCAGAGUCAGAAUAUAUACAAAGUAUGUGGACACCCCUUCAAAUUAGUGGAUUUGGCCAUUUCAGCCACACCAGUUGCUGACAGGUGUAUAAAAUUAAACACACAGCCACGCAAUCUCCAUAGACAAACAGUGACAGUAGAAUGGCUUUACUGAAGAGCUCAGUGACUUUCAACGUGGCACCUUCAUAGUAUACCACCUUUCCAACAAGUCAGUUCGUCAAAUUUCGGCCCUGCUAGAACUGCCCCGGUCAACUGUGUUAUUGUGAAGUGAAAACGUCUAGCAGCAACAACGUCUAGCAGCAACAACGUCUCAGCCGCGAAGUGGUAGGCCACCCAAGCUCACAGAACGGAACCGCCGAGUGCUGAAGCGUGUAGUGCGUAUACAUUGUCUGUCAUCGGUUGCAACACUCACUACCUAGUUCCAAACUGCCUCAGGAAGCAAUGUCAGCACAGGAACUGUCAGGAGCUUCAUCAAAUGGGUUUCCAUGGCCGAGCAGCCGCACCCAAGCCUAAGAUCACCAAGCACAAUGCCAAGCGUCGGCUGGAGUGGUGUAAAGCUCGCCGCCAUUGGACUCUGGAGCAGUAGAAACGCGUUCUCUGUUGUGAUGAAUCGUGCUUCUCCAUCUGGCAGUCCGACGGACGAAUCUGGGUUUGGCGGAUGCCAGGAGAACGCUACCUGCUGACUGCAUUGUGCCAACUGUAAAGUUUGGUGGAGAAGGAAUAAUGGUCUGGGGCUGUUUUUCAUGGUUCAGGCUAGGCCCCUUAGUUCCAGUGAAGGGAAAUGUUAACGCUACAGCAUACAAUGACAUUCUAGACGAUUCUGUGCUUCCAACUUUGUGGCAACAGUUUGGGGAAGGCCCUUUCCUGUUUCAGCAUGACAAUGCCCCCAUGCACAAAGCGAGGUCCAUACAGAAAUGGUUUGUCGAGAUCAGUGUGGAAGAACUUGACUGGCCUGCACAGAGCCCUGACCUCAACCCUCUCGAACGCCUUUGGGAUGAAUUGGAACGGCGACUGCGAGCCAGGCCUAAUCACCCAACAGCAGUGCCAGACCUCACUAAUGCUCUUGUGGCUGAAUGGAAGCAAGUCCCCGCAGCAAUGUUCCAACAUCUAGUGGAAAGCCUUCCCAGAAGAGUGGAGGCUGUUAUAGCAGCAAAGGGGGGGACCAACUCCAUAUUAAUGCCCAUGAUUUUGUAAUGAGAUGUUCGACGAGCAGGUUUCCACAUACACUACAUGACCAAAAGUAUCUAGCUUCUGCCUGAUGUGUUUACAUUGACUGAUGGCUGCAAUUAACAAUUUAUCCCAUUGCAAAACAUACUGUAUAUUGAACAGGCUAAUGUUAGCUAGCAAUAUAGGUUGAUGUUGAUGUAAAUGUAAAUGUUUUGGAUUGUAUAUAUCUAAAAAUAGUUUUUAUUUUCUCCCCAUGAAAUGAGAUUACUUUGGACUAACAUUUGUUUGUCCACCAGGUGGGUCCAGCAGAAGACCUGUUGAGGGCCAAAGACAAGUUCUCCAGCUCCAGUGACCCAGCGGUGAGCCAGUCCUUCAUGCUGGACAGAGUGUUCAACCCCACCGUGGGCGUCCACAAGGGCAUCCUGUACACCAGCUGGUCCCCCCUGGGCUGUGACGCCAACGGCCGCUGCCUCCUAGCCUCCCUCACCCUGGACCACCGGCUGAUCAUCCACAGCAGCACCAAGCGUCUACAGUGGACCGUAGUGGCUGACCUGACCCAGCUUUAUGGAGAGAGCCUGGAGAGCAGAGGCUACUCUGUGCAGGGUGGUGAGCCCCCCAAGGCCAACCUCCUGGACCUGGCUGAGCUUCAGAGACGCUACCGCAUGCAGACCCCUGUACGGAUGGAGUGGUCCAGUGUGUGUACCACGCAGCACGUCCAGACCAACAACGAGUGUAAGGACGUGGGAACGGUGCUGCUGGCCGUGCUGAUGGAGAAUGGAGACCUGGUGGUGUGGCAGUUUUGCCUGCCCAUGCUGGGGAAGGACUCUGUGUUGUCCUGUAACACCAUCCAGUCUGGGGUGUUGUCCCCCAGCGUGCUGGCCUGGUGGGAGUACGAGCACAGCGGGCGCAAGAUGAGCGGCCUGAUCGUGGGCAGCAAGUUAGGGCCCAUCAAGAUCCUGCCCGUCAACCUGAAGGCGGUGAAGGGCUACUUCACCCUGCGCCAGCCCGUGGUCCUCUGGCAGGAGUCGGACCAGAUCCCUGUGCACAACAUCAAGUGUAUAUCCCUGUUCCACCCCAAACAGAACUGUAACUGUAGCCUGGUGGUGGCGGCCAGGGGCUCCUACCUCUUCUGGUGCCUGCUGCUCAUCUCCAAGGCGGGCCUCAACGUGCACAACUCACACGUGACGGGCCUGCACUCCACCCCCAUCGUCUCCAUGACAGCCAGCCGCCAGGGCAGCUCCAUCUACACCUGUUCCAUGGACGGAACGGUCAAGAAGCUCACGCCUGUCUUUACUGACAUGGCCGUGGGCUUUAAGCAGGAGGAGAUCGUGCUGCCAGAGGGUAUUGCAGGUCGGAGGAUGCACGGCAUCGCGGUCAGCCCCUAUGGGGCGUACCUGGCCCUGGUCAGUACUGAGGGGAUGACCAACGGUCAGCACCCGGUCUCUAGGCCCUACCAGGUCCAGUUUGUAACCCUGAAGACGCCCAAUGACGCGGCGGCGGAGUUGCUGGAGUCCCCGGUCCAGAGCCUGUUCAAACAGACUGACCUGUUGGACCUGGUGCGCUGGAGGGUGCUGAGGGACAAACGCAUCCCGGCCAUGCUGCAGGAGGAGCUGGAUGACAAGGUACACAACACAGGCUCCCCCUACCUGUGGAGGUUAAAACUCUUCCUGGUGCGUGUGCUCUACCAGUCCCUGCAGAAGGCCCCCGUGGAGGCACGCUGGCGCCCCACACACGAGGACGCCAAGGUGUUUGUGAAGGACGGGGAGGGGGGUGUCGGGGGAGAGGGUGGAGGAGGGGAAGAGGAGCACCCAGAGGCCCAGGCGUUGGAGGAGCAGAUGGGGGAGGUGAUAGCGUGGAUCGAGGCGGUGGAGGCCCACCUGACAAGGGAGCACAUGAAGAGGGUUCUGGGGGAGGUGUACCUCCACACCUGGAUCACUGAGAACACCAGCAUCCCCACGCGGGGUGUCUGUGACUUCCUCACCAGCGACCCCACGUACGAAGACAGGGCUGCCAAGGUUAGACUAGGCUACCUACACCUCUUCUGUUAUCCUAUUCCAUAGGUAUAAGCCUGAGCAAUAUAAACGACUGUUGGAACAUUAGGCUUACCCUGUUGUUGUGCAUGAUUCAACACCUCUUGCUCUCUGCACCCCAGGUCCUGAUAGGUCACAUCCAGAAGAAGAUGAACAAGCAGACAUUCCCAGAGUACUGUAGUCUGUGUAAGGAGGUGCUGCCAUUCACAGACCGCAAGCAGGCUGUCUGCUCCAACGGACAUAUGUGGCUCAGGUAAAGUGCCAUCAACCCUUUCUUCAAUAUUUCAACCACCUGAUUCCUGUCAUCUAAAUCCAGGGUUUCUAAUUCUUAGGCCUUCCGCAUUCUUUUCAUAAUUAGUCAUUAGUCAAUUGCAUUUACUGAUGAAUGCUACCAUAUCACAUUUUAUGAGAUUGCCUCUAUAUAAACUAGGGAGCAUAAGUCUCUGAAUUCUGAACAAUACUAAGCAGAAGGAGAAGUCUCCCGAGGUCCACAGACACUGGGCUGACACUGACAAGUGACUCCACACACAGCAGCUAAAUGCUUAUUUUGACUGUUUAUUUAUUAUCAUCACAGAACACUAAUCCAGCCUCCCACCUUUUGAUAUUUACCCAUGUACUGCUCCCCUCCUCCUGCUCUAUCCCCCCAUACCGCUCAUUAGUUGGGUGGUAUAUGCUGCCCCUGGUGGACACUUUGGGACAGUCCGCAGCCUCUAAGUCCCACAGCACAUUUCAAUAGUCGAAAGUGGUUUCCUCUCCCCAUCUCCUAGGGAUGUGUUGAAUAAGGAUGUCUACCAUGAAUUCGCUUUCACCUAUUCAGUUUUUUUCUCCAGUCAUUGCAAAUGAAGGGAAGGAGACAAGGAGAGGAAAUCACUUUAACCACUAUUGAGAUAUCCCUUCUACGGUGUUAGUGCUCAUCUGAAGUAUGCCCGUUUCUAUUGAGAUAUCCCUCCUACAGUGUUAGUGCUCAUCUGAAGUAUACCUGUUUCUAUUGAGAUAUCCCUCCUACAGUGUUAGUGCUCAUCUGAAGUAUGCUAUUGAGAUAUCCCUCCUACAGUGUUAGUGCUCAUCUGAAGUAUGCCCGUUUCUAUUGAGAUAUCCCUCCUACAGUGUUAGUGCUCAUCUGAAGUAUGCCCGUUUCUAUUGAGAUAUCCCUCCUACAGUGUUAGUGCUCAUCUGAAGUAUGCCCGUUUCUAUUGAGAUAUCCCUCCUACGGUGUUAGUGCUCAUCUGAAGUAUGCCCAUUUCUAUUGAGCUAUCCCUCCUACGGUGUUAGUGCUCAUCUGAAGUAUGCCCGUUUCUAUUGAGAUAUCCCUCCUACGGUGUUAGUGCUCAUCUGAAGUAUGCCCGUUUCUAUUGAGAUAUCCCUCUUACGGUGUUAGUGCUCAUCUGAAGUAUGCCCGUUUCUAUUGAGAUAUCCCUCCUACGGUGUUAGUGCUCAUCUGAAGUAUGCCCGUUUCUAUUGAGAUAUCCCUCCUACAGUGUUAGUGCUCAUCUGAAGUAUGCCCGUUUCUAUUGAGAUAUCCCUCCUACGGUGUUAGUGCUCAUCUGAAGUAUGCCCGUUUCUUUUAGGUGUGUGUUGUCCUACCAGGCGUGCCAGACACUCACGUACAGACGCUGCCUGCUGCAGGAUAGCAUCGCCAGACUGCCAGUGCCUGAGGGUAAGCAGCUAGAGUCACUUUCCAUCUCUCUACCUCUCUGACACUCACUCCAUCCUCCUCUGGUAUUAACUGGCAGCUCAUCCUGCUCUCUGAUCAGCAUAUCUCCUUCUACAGCAUUGACACAAUAUAAGAAAGUACUUGAGAAUGUACUUACAUUCUUAUCAGGCUUAGUUUUCACUAGUUGUCAGACUGUCAGCAUAAAUUAUUUUAAAUAAACCUAACAUUGCUGAGUGAUCAAUCUGUUGAUGGUUUACUGCUCAAAUAGUGGAGCAGGUGAUUGUGAUUGAACAGAUGAAUCUGAUAAAAUACUAAAUGUUAGCUUAAUUAUUUAGUAUGCCCCCUUCCCUGUGUCCCUCCACCCUCCUCACUGCAGACCCAGACUGGAUCAAGAGGAUACUGCAGGGUCCUUGUACAUUCUGCGACUCUCCACUCCUCUAG